GCAUCAGACGGUAUAUUUUCUUGACAAAUCCACGGGUCACACUAUCCCUAGCGUGUGUUGCUUCUUGGUUGAAAAAUAUAAUUAAAAAUUUAUUCUAACUACUGGGAUAUUCUGCAACACGAGGCCCAAGCACCAAACACCAACACCAGCACAUAUACAGAGUCGCGCGGCAGCGGUGGCGGCAUCAAAAAUACCGAAGAAGCACAAAAAAGAAAAAUUUGCAAGGUGUGUGUGUGUGUGUUUGUGUGACGUCGAGGACCGAAUCGAGUCUUUGCCUUGGUGCGUGCGCUCUAGUAGGGACACACACUGUGCGAGUAUUAGUGUAUCCUUUGGCAUUUCUGAGAGCUUGGUUGGAGUGACACGAGCGCGAGCAGAGCGAAAAGCGUACGCUUCCACCAAAAAACAAUAAACAAGUGCAGCGUAAAGCGGCGUGAAGCAGGAAACCCCAAUAGCCAAGCCGCACUCUGCAAUGGAGAAGAGAAUAGAGCUGGAGCGGCGAGCACGGAAGGCGAACCAGAUCACAGAGCUGAACCUGGACAACUGCCGCAGUACAAGCAUUGUUGGCUUUACAGAUGAGUACACCGCCUUAGAAUCACUGAGUUUGAUCAACGUGGGUCUCACCACACUGAAAGGUUUCCCCAAAUUGCCCAAUCUGAAGAAGCUGGAACUAUCCGACAAUAGGAUUUCAAGCGGCCUCAACUAUCUGACCACCAGCCCCAAACUUCAGUAUCUGAAUUUGUCUGGGAAUAAAAUAAAGGACCUGGAAACAUUAAAGCCCUUGCAGGAGUUCAAAAACCUAGAGGUACUGGAUCUGUUUAACAAUGAUGCCACUUGGGUGGCUAACUAUCGGGAGAAGAUAUUUAAGAUGUUGCCAUCAUUGAACUUUUUGGAUGGUUUCGAUUGUAAUGAAGAGGAGGCGCAGUCGGAGGGAGACGACGAUGAAGAGGUCAACGGCAAUGAUUCCGAGGAAGAAGCAAUUUUAAAUCUGGCCAAUGCAACAUAUUUUGAUGACGAGGAGGAUGGCGACAGCGAUGACACUGAUGAGGAUGGGGACAAUGGCGAGGUCUCUCUGUCGGAGGUGUACAAUGAUGACUUGGAAGAGGACAAUUCCGACUGGGAGGAGGGCGAGGGUGGAGGCGACGAUGACGAGGAGGACUCUGACAUCGACGAUGCCGAUGGCGAGGCAAAUGAAUCGACCGCCUCACUGAAUGCCUCCAAGAAGGAACCCGAAAACAACACAGGUAAGUGACAGAUGAGUCGGAAGCCAGGGGCAAGAAGAGAAAGCACGACGGCUAAGCUCUUGCUUGAUCUACCGCUGUAUCAUCUUUGGACGUUUUAAAUUUAAAUAUACACACACCGACACUGACAUAUAUACACACGGCAACACACAUCAUGUUUUGAUAGAAAAAAGAUGACUAAACACAGUUAGGACCCCCCACAUUUGUUUCUUUAAAAUGUAAGCUAACAAGAUCGAAAACUGACACAAAACAAACACAGAAGAAUAAUGAAAUGGAGAACGUACUAAUCAAAAAACAAAUUAAGAGAUAAAUUUAAGCGAACACUUGGAAGUGCUGAGUGGAAACCAGCAACAAACAAACAAACAAGCACACACACACACACACACACACAUUACAUUAUUAUAGCCUCAUCCGAAGCGAAGCCUGGUUCCAGCUCCAGUUAAGUAAAAUUCGUCAAAUGGAAAAUUGCUUGGAGAAAUUGUAAAAUUGCCUAGCAUUAAGUUGCAAAAUGUAUAACUAUGAACUAUGUACAAUUUGUCGGAUCGAGUCGAGUCGAUCCUCUCCCAUCUAGCGUUUCAACAAACACAAAGCAAAAACCCAAUUCCAUGCAUUAUCUAAACAAUUAUGACGUGUUUUUUUUUUAUUAUUUGCUUUUCCAAUGUUUUGCAGUCUACCCAUUUACUGCUAAUAACUUUUAACUAACUCUUAAGUCAUUCCUUCUUUGAAUGUGGAUAAGUUAAGCGAUAUCUACUUUCCCUUCCCGAUUCGCGGAUGAGCGAACGCAAGUCCGACCCACAUUUUAGAGCAUUUUCAUUGUUAUCCAUCUCUUACAUUACCCUUACCCCAUAUGUAUCCAUAAUUAUAUAUCUCUCUAUACACGCCCGCCACACGUAAAACUAAAGGCAUGUGUUUUAGGACGGGACGGAACUUUCUUUUAAAUAAACACGUACGAGUAUGCAACAAUUACAAUUAA